AUGCAUCUCGCGAGGGUGCUAUCCGCCACGUGUCGCAAUGCGGUGAAGCAGCGCGGCACCGUGGCGGUAGGACCGUCGCUGCCCGCAGCACUGCAGCAGCAGCAGCGGCGGCACCAGAGCGGGCAACAGAGCGAGCAGCCGAGCGCGCAGCAGAGCGGCCUCGCGGAUUUCUUCGAGCAGGGUCGCACGCCCGACGCGCCCGUCACCACCGGGCGCGGGUGGCAGGCGUGGGAGCUGAGGCACAAGUCAUUCGAGGACCUACAUGCGCUGUGGUAUGUGCUGCUCAAGGAGAAGAACCUGCUCUACUCGCAGAAGCAGAUGCUGCAGUCGCAGGGCCGCCGCAUGGUGCAACCCCACCGCAUCCGCCUCGUGAAGGCAUCCAUGUGUAGAAUAAAGCAAGUGCUGACGGAGAGAGCACUCGCUGUAGAGGACCCCGAUAAGAGAUGCAGAUCUUACGGAUUCCACCAAAGCGAUCGCGUUUCUCCACGAAUUCCUCGCCUCUGCUGGCUGACGGGCCGCGUGCUUCCCUUCCUUACCCCGCUUUUUCCUCCGCUUUCCGCCUCUGCCAGUGAGCGAUCGCACGACGAAUCAACGCAGCGAAAUCAGCGCGUCUCCGAUCCUGAGAAUUCUCCUGGUACGGGCUGUCAUCUGGUCAUCGUAGCCUUCCCGAGUCGCACCGAGCCUCCUCGCCGACUCCUCUUUCCCCGCGCACCCCGCGCCUCGCUGUUGCGCCGUUCCCUCGUUACCCCUGCGUUGCCUUUCCACUGCUCCUCAUCCGCCUCUUUCCCUAUCCCCCUCGUCUGCGCACGGGGGGAGCGCGUGAUGGCGGCGCAGCGGGCGCCGCCGAGCUUCCGCCUGCGCGCAUACUACGGGAUCGACUUCCCGGGGAAGGUGGCGGUGCUGGUGGCGCAGUCGCUGCUCUCCUUCGCGCUCGCCGCCACCCUUUUUGGGCGCUACGCCGCUGCUGUCGCGCUCGUUCGGCGGUUCUGGCCUCUGCUGCCGGCGCAGGUACGGUGCAGUACGGUAUGGUAUGGUCUGAGGCACUGUACUGCUGGGAAGGUGGCGGUGCUGGUGGUGCAGUCGCUGCUCUCCUUCGCGCUCGCCGCCGUCCUUUUUGGGCGCUACGCCGCUGCUGUCGCGCUCGUUCGGCGGUUCUGGCCUCUGCUGCCGGCGCAGGUACGCACGCACGCACUGAUCGCGAGUUUCCUCGUGGAGUUCUCAGCAGCCUUGGCGCUCCUCCUUACCUUCGCCUAUUCCCUCACCCUCUCCGCCAACCUCCGCACCUCGCUGCUCCUCCGCCCCCGCCUCGCCCGCCACAUGCUCUCGCUCGUCCCCGCCUGGCAACCGGUCCGCACCGCUCUGGACCUGGGGAGCGGCCGUGGUGUGCUGCUAGCAAGCCUGGGGCUGCAACUACUGGAGUGUGGCGGGGAGGGGCGGGCCAUUGGGUUUGAUAGCUGGGAGACCAACAGCCGUGCUACUGGUGGGGCUGCUGGGGUUAACAGUAGCAGCAGACUGGAAGUGGAACGGAGUAGAAGUUUGAAAGGUGCAGCUGCCGGUGCUGCUGAUGCUGGGGAUGGUGCCAAUGGGGUUGCUGCCGGUGGGGCUGACGGUGCUAAUGCUGACGCUGGUGCCAGUGGCAGCAGCAGCAGCAGUGGCAAGAACAUGCGGCACAGAAGAGCAGAUAAAGCCAAAGCAGGCCACCCAGGCAGGAAUUCAGCUGGAGCCGCUCCCUCUGCCUCUGCUGCUCCAGCCAGUGGGUUAGCAGCAGUGUCAGCGCCAGCAGUGGGGAGCAUGGCAGGGGCACUGAGAGCAGCAGCGAGGGAGGGCGUGGGGGCGCUGGUGACGUGCAAGACGGGCGCGUUCGACCGUCUGCCCUUCCCUGAUGCAUACUUCGAUGUCGUUGUCUCUGCCCUUCGGCUGCACGCCAUUGCUUCUGUACUAGAAGACACGGAUCCUCAAGCGGCGGAAAAGGAGAGGCAGCGGGUGCUGCAGCAGGUUGCGAGAGUCCUAAAGCCAGGGGGGAGGGUGAUAGUGUGGGAUGUGAUGCACGUGCCGGCCUAUGCAGAGUAUUUUAGAUCUCUGGGAUGGAAGCAUGUGGUUGUCACCCCCGGUCCGAAUGCUUUCAUGCUGCCCUCGCAUGUCCUUUCUGCAAGGAAACCAAAAUGA